AUGGUAACAAAGGUACGUGAUGUGCCAGAUAAGGUUGAUUCCCCUCCAAUGAUAACGGAUGCUGAUGCUAGUCAACAUGAUCCGCUUGAUGUUGAUUUCCCUGUUAAUGUUCAGCUUCUCACCCGUAAUUUAAUUUUAUUUACAGUUCUCAAGACUAUUGGUUCCUUUGAUUCUGGUGCUUUUAGUGCGGCACUUGGUGCGGAGAAUGGAAUUGCUGAAGAGUGGGGAUUAAGUACUGUACAUCAAGGAACACUUAGCUCAAGUGUUUUUUUAGGUAAUAUUCUCGGUUGUCCAUUGUCGGGGAAUCUUUUUUCACGGUAUAGUGCAAAAGCUGUGUUGGUGUGGUCUCUUAUUUUACACACACUCUUCACGUUUCUCUUUGCGACACUGACAGAGUAUAGAUGUGCACUACUUUGUCGGUUUCUUAUUGGUAUUACAUUAUCCUUUGUGAUUGUAUAUACACCUGUAUGGGUAGAUACCUUUGCCCCACGUGAUCGUCAAUCUAUGUGGAUGGCUUCACAUAAUGCAGGGGUUCCACUUGGUAUUAUGCUUGGAUACUGUAUUGGUGCUUUUCUACCUUCCUAUACCAAUGUUAAUUGGGAAUGGGCUUUUUAUAUUAAGUGUAUUAUUACUAUACCAGCUGUAGCUUAUCUUAUUCGUGUAGAUUCCCGUUCCAUUGAUAGACGUGUUACCGUUAAUUCUAGUAAUAAUAGAUGUGAUACCGUUACUUCACAAGCCAUGUCACCAUUACCUCCACAUCGUCGUGCUGCUGAACGUAUUUUUAAUAUUUUACAUUCCAACAUUUUAUUUAUGUGGAGAGCUUGUGUUCCUCUUUUUCAUAGUACUGAAUAUAUGUGUAGUAUGCUGGCAAUGUGUUCUCUCUAUUUUGUUGUUACUGGACUUCAAAACUUUGUUACUCAAUAUCUUCGUGAUGAACCAUUUAAAGCAUCUAUGAAAACAAUUAUGGUGGGAUUUGGUGGAGCUGUUGUAACGGCACCUGUGCUUGGUGUAAUUACGGGUGGUAUUCUUCUUGAUCGUAUUGGUGGAUAUCAACAUAAUUUACGACGAGUGACAACAUUUACAUGUAUGUGGGGAACAGCUGCGGCUUUCUUUAGUGUGAUGUGUAUAUUUGUAACAAGUACACAUGUGUUUUUAUUGGUGAUUUCUAUUGUUCUCUUUUGUGGUGGGGCCAUUAUUCCUCCUGGGAGUGGAACUGUAGUGGCUUCUGUACCUGAACAGUUAAGACCUGCAGGAGCGGCCUUUUCACAGAUGAUGUAUAAUCUUUUAGGGAACUUUAGUGGCCCUAUGGUGUGUGGCGUAGUGGCGGAUUUAACGGGGGAUUUAAAGUAUGGGAUUUACACUGUUCUUUCAUUUAGUGUAGUGGGACUUCUGCCCAUGUUGGUGUUGUUACGAAAGGCAUAUCGUAUGCCAGAGGUAUUAGAUACAAUAACUCCAUCGGUAUUAUCCUCCGGACGACUACGACGACAUCAUCAUCAUCAUCAUCAUGAUGAUGAAAUAGAAAUGGAUGGAGAUUCUGUAGUUGUGGAGAUGAAGGGAAUGGGAAGUAGUAUGAAAUCGGAAUCCCCACGAACAGUACUACAGGAUGAUGAUAUGCCGUUAUUUGAUAGUAGUAGUAGUACCUCUUGUAAUAAUAAUUAUAUUAAUCAUAAUAAUAGUAAUAGUAAUAAUAAUAAUACUUAUACUAAUCGUAUUGUACUGAAUGCUGUGGGUAGUGUUGGAGCUACUACUAUGAAUACUAUGAAUAGUACUUUAACAGCAGGAACACCACGUUCAUCUGCAUAUACAGCAGCACCACAAAGAUCAUCCUUAUUGUCCUAUAAUACUACUAUUCCUACUCCUACUACUAUUCCUACUACUACUACUACUACUACUACUACUAUGGCAGCAUCAAGAACAACUCCCAUUAUUACUCAAAAUACAAAUACACAAGCAACAACAACAAUUACAACAACAACUGCUGCUGCUGCUGUUGCUGCUCAGCGUGGGGUUCCGUAUGUAGUCGUGGUGGAGAACACCGCCCCAACUUCACCAGUAGAAAUACCACCAACACCUCCAGCGCAUCCAUUGCCAAUGCCGUCUAUUAUACCAUCACGAUAUGCAAACUCAGAGGUCUCUGCAAUGGCAGAUCAACAAACAGGCGGUGUUCGAAGUAGUCUUACUGAAAGCCGCAGUCGUACGAAUUACAAUAGUCAUGGGAAUCAUAUGAGCUGUAGUACGAAUGGUAGUACUUGUCGUCGUAAUAGUAGAAGCAGUAGCACUAGUACUGAUAGUAGUAUCAACAGAGAAGAAGAAGAAGCGAAUUUCCGUUUAGAGAUUGGGGCAGAUGCGGCCCAAAUGAUGUCUUUUCCCAAUCAACAUAACUUUGGAUUAGACAUGCUGCGCUCGUGGCUCAAUAGUUCCAUGCAUAGACACUCAUCUCAACAAAGUAGUAUACAUGCCAUGCAAUCUCUUCUUAGUGAUUCAUUUGAAGUGGAGGAUGUGGAGGGUUUACGUGUGGGAAGUAGUGAGCGAAGAGAAAUUGAGAGUAGUCUUAUUAUCCCACUUCCUCCCCCAUCAUCAUUAUUAUCCCUGCAGGAACAGGGAGAAGAAGGAGAAGUAGAAGAAAACGUAAAUGUGAGAGAACCAUCCCCAUCCCCAUCACCACAGCAACAACAACAACAAGAGGAACAGCAAGAAAAACAGGGAGAAAGAGGAGAAGGGCAGGAUUCUUCCCACUCUGAUGUGAAGGAUAAGGUUGGAGAAUGA